UGCUGAAAGAAUAUUUUAUUUCGAUGGUGAUGACCAUUAUCAAGUAUGGUGAUGGACCUUAUUUAUAGGUAGUGAGUGCUUCUAGCAUAGUUUGACGCUCAUCGCUGGGACCGGAUGCUGUAUAUUUACAACACCGACCGGAGGUUCACAUCUUCCCUAGCCUUCAAUCGCCAGGCAAUCCUUCUCAAUCACAGCCAACUCACACUCUGCCCCUAGCGUGCUCACCCACCGCGUCAAUGAUCCCUUGCCUUCCUCCGAAGCGAGAUGGUGUCACGUAAUUUAAACUUCCCGUGCGACCCGAACUGCUUGUGACGAGUGAAUGGCUGGCGCAGCGCGGCAGAAGAGCACCCACCAUCCAGGUAGCCACCUUCCUACCCCUAAACCAUCCCGUGAAUUACAUGUACGCCAAGCCGCUCGGGGUUUCCGAACUAUAUAAACCCCCUCCGCCUCCAACUUCCAGAUUCCAUCAAUCUUCUUUUUCGUUCGACAAUAUGGAUUUGGGGAAGACCGGGCUAAGCUUGGACGGUGCCAGUUCCAAAGAUGUACCUAGCUGCGCUGUGACAAAGGUCACAGCUGAUUUUUGUCUUUCUUGAUUUCCCGCGCGUGCGGGGACCUCCCACUCUUGAAGAAGAUUUCUCUUUUGUAUUGUAGGCUGUGCGUCCUCAUUUU